AUGGUGAAGGCCUGGUAUAUAAAUGACGAAAGUGUGGUCAACGUUGAGAUGGUAAAACGGAGUGAAAGACAUCUCAAUCCUCCACAAUAUGUCACUUUAGAUGAGUUGAAGCGCAAAAUUGGUGUUCAAACUGAAUGGAUUAAUGUGAAUAAAUACAAAACUGUGGAAAAUUUACAAAAAUUAUCGGUUCAAAAGGGAUACAACUAUUGGGAUAUCAUUGAUAUAGAAAAUCAUGUCGAAAAACACGCCUCCUUUUACACGGAACACAUGCACAAUGAGCCCGAAGUACGGCUAGUAUUGGACGGCUCCGGCUAUUUCGAUGUGAGGGAUGCUGAAGACAAGUGGAUCCGUGUUUUGGUCGAAAAGGGAGAUCUGUUGUCAUUCAUGGCCGGCGGUUACCAUAGGUUGACACUGGAUUCAAAUAAUCACCUCAAACUGUUCCGCCUGUUUGGCUCUGAACCCGAUUGGACAUCACUAAACCGACCUCAAGACGACCAUCCCGUGCGUAUAGCGUAUGCAUUGCAGGCACUCAACGGUUUUUAA